GUUACAUAUUACUCACAUAAUUGAAUAAUUUACGUUUUUGUGGCAGUCUCGAUAAGCAGUUGUUCUGCACGUGCUCUGAAAAUGGGUCGCGCGAUUCGUCGUUCUCUCUUUGACGAAGUCUCCGAGCGUCUUCAUGUUUCGACCACAGCCCUGGUGGCCAUCGUUGUCGGCGCAGUCACGUUGUAUUUAUUCUGUCGCCGAAAAGGAGCUCCGUCUCGCCCCUCGACUAUCGUGAGACGGCCCUUAAAUGCGCCGAAAACUGAAGGAGAGCAGUCGGACGUGAUGACGCGAAUCAAGCAGAGCGGCUUUGUCGGGAAAAAGGUCUGCAUUGCCUGGGAAGUUCUGCACGACGGAAAGGCAUGGAAAGCUGACGGAAAGGCUUUAAGUGUGCUUCAGUUUUAUGCGUUCACCUCCGAGGUGUAUCUGAUGUGCUGCAUUAGGAAUGCAGACGACAAGAAACGCAUUAUUGGCCUUGUUAACGGCAUUGACGGCAUCGAGCGACACCGCGUUCUCUUCUGCACCACGCAAAAGGGGUACGAGGCGUUCACACGGCAGAUCGACCCUAGUCUUCUCAUCACGAAUGAUCCUGCGCAAGUCUCAUUUUUGAAGCGUAUCAUUCAAACCUUAGUUCUUGUUGAGGGAAGUGGAGCGGUGGGAAACAACGUUUUGUGUGUCCCGUCAGUUGCGGCGCUUGCAGUUGACACGGAGUGA